AUGGAAGGGACGCUGACUGCCCGGGACAAGGUCGGGGUGCAGGAUUUUGUGCUGUUGGAUGCGCACACCAGCGAAUCUGCCUUUGUGGACAACCUUCGCAAGCGUUUCAAUGAGAACCUCAUAUAUACAUAUAUUGGGACCCUUCUUGUAUCCGUGAAUCCAUACCAGGAGCUCGGAAUCUACACUGUGAGCCAGAUGGAACUUUAUCAAGGGGUCAAUUUCUUUGAACUGCCACCCCAUGUCUAUGCCAUAGCUGACAACGCUUACCGCAUGAUGUGCUCUGAGCUCAGUAACCACUUCAUCCUCAUUUCUGGAGAGAGCGGGGCAGGGAAAACAGAAGCUUCCAAGAAGAUUCUCCAGUAUUUUGCAGUUACCUGUCCAAUGACUGAGUCACUACAAAUAGCCCGUGACAGACUGCUGCUGUCCAAUCCAGUGCUAGAGGCUUUUGGAAAUGCAAAAACGCUCCAGAAUGACAACUCCAGUAGAUUUGGAAAAUACAUGGACAUACAGUUUGACUUUCAGGGCAUUCCCGUAGGUGGGCAUAUCAUCAGUUACUUGAUAGAAAAGUCCCGAGUCGUCUAUCAAAAUCAGGGUGAGCGGAAUUUCCACAUUUUCUACCAGCUGCUCGCAGGUGCUGAAGAGGAUUACCUUGCUUACCUGGGACUUGAGCGAGACCCCCAGCUGUAUAAAUACCUCUCGCAGGGUCAUUGUGCCAAGGAGUCAUCUAUUAACGACAAGAACGACUGGAAAACUGUGUCCAAUGCCUUUUCUGUCAUCGAUUUUACUGACGCUGACCUUGAGAAUCUCUUUGGAAUUAUCGCCAGUGUCCUGCACCUGGGGAACAUUUGCUUUGAAGAAGACGACCGGGGCUGUGCCUCCAUCCCAGAUACCCAUGAGAUCAAAUGGAUUGCCAAGCUCCUGGGGGUCCAUCCAUCGGUCCUUCUGGAAGCUCUCACUCACAGAAAGAUUGAAGCCAAAACCGAGGAGGUGAUAUGCCCAUUGAUACUAGAACUUUCUGUCUAUGCUAGAGAUGCAAUGGCAAAGGCUGUUUAUGGAAGGACAUUUACUUGGCUGGUCAACAAAAUCAAUUCCUCCUUAGUUAACAAGGAUUUCACCAAGAAAACUGUGAUUGGAUUGCUCGAUAUCUAUGGAUUUGAAGUCCUCGACAGGAAUGGUUUUGAACAGUUCUGUAUAAAUUACUGCAAUGAGAAGCUCCAACAACUGUUAAUAGAGAGGACUCUGAAGGCAGAACAAGCAGAAUAUGAAAUGGAAGGUAUAGAGUGGGAACCAAUUCAAUAUUUCAACAACAAGAUCAUCUGUGAUUUGGUAGAAGAGAGACACAAAGGAAUCAUAUCCAUUCUGGAUGAAGAAUGUAUUCGUCCUGGUCCUGCGACAGACUUGAGUUUCCUGGAGAAACUGGAAGAGAAAGUCGGCAAGCACGCACACUUCCAAACCCGUAAGCUGGCUGGUCCCAAGGGCCGAAAGAGGAUUGGCUGGAUGGAGUUCCGACUCCUCCACUAUGCAGGAGAGGUCACAUACUGCACCAAGGGAUUCUUGGAAAAAAACAAUGAUCUCCUUUACAGACAUCUGAAGGAAGUGCUGUGUAGGUCCAAGAACAGCAUCCUGAGGGAAUGCUUCCUGGUGGCCGAGUUAGAAAACCGGAGGAGGCCGCCCACAGUGGGAACUCAGUUUAAGAACAGUCUGAGCAGCCUUCUGGAAAUUCUCAUCUCUAAGGAACCCUCAUACAUCCGUUGCAUCAAGCCCAAUGAGAGGAAAGAACCCAGCAAGUUUGAUGAAUUCCUCAUAAGGCAUCAGAUCAAGUACCUGGGGCUGAUGGAGCACCUGCGGGUGAGACGGGCCGGCUUUGCGUACCGGCGGAAAUAUGAGCAUUUCUUGCAAAGGUACAAGUCCUUGUGCCCAGACACAUGGCCGCACUGGCACGGGCCUCCAGCAGAGGGUGUAGAACGGCUGAUCAAGUACAUCGGCUACAAACCCGAGGACUACAAGUUAGGAAAAACAAAAAUAUUCAUUCGUUUCCCCAGAACUCUGUUUGCUACCGAAGAUGCCUUUGAAUUUAGUAAACAUCAAUUAGUUGCGAGAAUCCAAGCCACAUACAAAGGCUGCCUAAGAAGGAGAGAAUAUGUGAAAAAAAGAAAAGCGGCCAUUACAUUGGAAGCCCACUGGCGUGGAGCCCUGACUCGGAAGGAGAUCGAAAGAAGAAAGUGGGCUGUGCAGAUUAUAAGAAAGUUCAUCAAGGGAUUCAUCAAUCGCAACAAACCCCUUUGUCCUGACAAUGAGGAAUUUAUAGUGUUCGUGCGGAAGAAUUACAUCUUGAAUCUUCGGUAUCAUGUUCCACAGAACGUCUUGGACAAGAGCUGGCUGAGGCCUCCUGGCAUCUUGGAAAAUGCAUCAAAUCUUCUCAGGAAAAUGUGCACGAGGAACCUGGUGCGGAAAUACUGCCGUGGGAUCACGGUGGAGUGGAGAGCAAUGAUGCAGCAAAAGAUGGUUACAAGUGAAAUAUUCAGGGGGAAGAAAGAAGGCUAUGCAGAAAGUUUAAAUCAACCCUUUGCCAACAGUCGGAUAGAUGAAGGAGACAUUAAUCCCAAAGUGCUUCAACUAAUUAGCAAUGAGAAAAUCCAGUAUGGUAUCCCUGUCAUUAAAUAUGACAGGAAAGGCUUCAAGGCACGGCAGCGGCAACUCAUUCUUACUCAAAAAGCAGCUUAUGUUGUGGAACUUGCCAAAAUCAAGCAGAAAAUAGAAUACUCAGCACUCAAAGGUAUCUCCACUAGCAAUCUGACUGAUGGAAUCUUAGUCAUUCAUGUUUCACCGGAAGACAACAAGCAAAAGGGGGAUGCCAUCUUACAGUGUGAACACAUAUUUGAAGCGGUUACUAAGCUCGUCAUGCUGGUUAAGAAGGAGAACAUCGUAAAUGUUGUUCAAGGAAGUUUACAGUUUUAUAGUAGUCCUGGAAAAGAAGGCACAAUAGUUUUUGACACUGGACCAGAAGAACAAGUCUAUAAAGAUAAAAAUGGACAGUUAACAGUGGUGUCGGUCCGGAGGAAGUCCUGAUAGAGGAUUACGUCUACCAUCAUCAUUUUUGUUCCAACUGAGGAUAGAACUGGGAAUGUGAUCCAGUUAGCUACAUCUUCAAGGAAACAUUCUAGGAAAAGGAUUGCGUUGGAAGAAACAGAGUGGCAUGU